AAUGAUAGAAUUGAAUCUACUGCAGGUCUGAUUUGCCUGGCAACAUGGCAUGUCAUGUCAUGUUAACUGUGCUGCUGUUAGGGAUGAUGAGCUUGGUGACUCCCCAGAGCUCGAGUCCCGUCCUUUACCAAAUGAGAGGAACUGCAAGCUCUCGAAAAGAUGAUGGAAGUUCUCCUCUGAUACCCUUGCAACAACCUUUUUUCUAUUUUGGUCGGACAUACAAUCAGAUUUAUGUCAACCACAAUGGACACUUGACAUUUGACACGCCAUGGCAAGUUUUUAUACCUGAGAGGUUUCCAAUGCAUGGAACCAGAGACAUUAUCGCUCCAUUCUGGACAGAUCUCGACAACAGAGAAGUUGGUCAGGUUUUCUUCAACCAAUACACCAGUGGCACUGUGCUUCAACGAGCUACAGCGGACAUUAACACGUAUUUCCCAAGACUAAACUUUAUUGCUAACUGGGUCUUUGUUGCAACAUGGUUUGAGGUUGCCUAUUUUCCAAAUUCAGGAACACGCACAACUGUCCAAGCAGUCUUGAUCUCUGGUGGCCAGCAGUCAUUUAUCCUGAUGAAUUAUGGGAAUAUAGCUCCAACAAAUCGCGCUGUACAGGCUGGUUAUGACACAUUCAAGUCCACACAUCAUUUCUCCAUCCCUGGAUCGUUCUCUAAUACUGCAACAGGCAUGCUUUCAAGUUUCCGACUGGGCAGCAAUGUCAAUGUACCCGGUCGCUGGGCUUUCCGGACAGACCAUGGACCAAGAGGCUGCACUUUUAAUGGUGAACCUGUGCAGCUGGGUGAUUCAUUCUGGAGCGACAGUACCUGUGCACAGAAGUGCACGUGCACCUCAGCAGGCCUACAGUGUCAAAGCCAGCCUUGCACCUUUUCCCAAAUCUGCCGACAUACUGCCUUUCAGUUCAUCUGCCAGACAGUGAAGAGAGGCACGUGCAUCAUAAGUGGCGAUCCACAUUACUACACCUUCGAUAACAGCGUGUUUCACUUCCAGGGCACCUGCACUUAUGUUCUCUCUGAGCAAUGUGGUCUUGGGUUGCCCUACUAUAGAGUAGAGGGCAAAAACGAGCACCGGGGCAGCACUAGAGUCUCUUGGACACGACUGGUCAAAGUGCAUGUUUACAAUAACACUAUUGAGCUUGUUAAAGGACGUCAUGGUGUAGCUAAGGUUAAUGGCAACUUUGCAGCCACUCCCAUCUCCCUUAGCAACGGCACGGUUCAGGUUUAUGAGUCAGGUUUUUCUGUGAUCAUCAGUACUAACUUUGGCUUGGAGGUGUCUUAUGACACAAAUCAUUAUGUCAGGAUCAGUUUGCCCUACACCUACCAGAAUGCAACAUGUGGCCUGUGCGGAAACUUCAACAAUCGCCCUGAGGAUGACUUUCGAACCCGCCAAGGCGAACUUGUGAGCUCUGAUGUGGUUUUUGCCAACAGCUGGCAAGCAGCAGGAGGCGAUGAGCCUGGUUGUGAGGCACAGUGUGGAGGUCUGGACUGUGCUGAAUGUACUGAAGAUCAGACAUCUUUAUACAGCAACAAUGCCCAUUGUGGUAUCCUCCAGAACACUUCUGGACCUUUUGCUGUUUGCCAUGAGCGACUUCCCCCACAGAACUUUGUAGACAGUUGUGUGUAUGAUCUGUGUGUUGUAAAAGGGCACCAACCCAUCCUGUGCCAAACCCUAAGUUCGUAUGCAAGUCAGUGUCAGCAGAAUGGUAUACAGCUGCCAAGCUGGAGGAGAAAAGGCUUCUGUGAAAUUCCCUGCUCAGACAACAGCCACUUUGAAUCCCAAGGCACAGGAUGUCCAGCUACUUGUGCCAAUCCCAAUUCUACCCAAAACUGUCCUCUCCCUGCUCAGGAGAGCUGCAUCUGCAAUUCAGGUUACAUCCUCAGUGGUGGGGUCUGCGUCCGCCAUGCUGAAUGUGGCUGCAGCUUUGAGGAUCGCUACUACCGAUCUGGAGAAUCUGUAAUUCUAGAUGAUGACUGUGGGAGACGUUGUAGCUGCAGUUAUGGCUCCAUGACUUGCCGCUCCCAUGGUUGUGGUCCAUUAGAGUCUUGCAGAGUGGAGGAGGGAGAAAGAGGAUGCAGACCUGACAGCCAUGGAACAUGCUGGAUAAGAGGCCCAGGUUCAUAUCACACAUUUGAUGGAGUGACAUACCAGUAUCCUGGGGCAUGUCGAUUGACUCUUGCCAAAGUAAUGGGAUUGUCUAGUCACCCACAUUUCAUGGUGACAGCAGAAAAAGUGCCCAGAGGCCAGCAAGGUUUUGCCAGGUUGCUAAAGUUUGAGGCAGAGGGAACACAAAUCUCCAUUGAAAUGACAAGUGGCAGCAAUGUUUGGGUUGACAGUCAGCGGAUCAGACUACCAUUCAGCUCAGCAUCCAAUCGAAUCCAAAUCUACCACAGCAGCAUUCACAGUAUCAUCCUUCGCACCUCCUUUGGUGUGACUCUGCAGACAGUUUGGCCCCACUUUGUGCGCGUCACCGCACCCAGUAUCUACAGUGGUUCACUGGGCGGACUCUGUGGUAAUUACAAUGGUCUCCCACAUGACGAUUUCCGUACACCCAAUGGCAUCCUGGUCAACAGCUCUCAGGACUUUGGUGACAGUUGGAGAGAUGGCUCCCUCGCUGCACACUGUGUGGAAAGCGUUAACAAUAACUCAACAACAAAUUACAAUUCUAGUGAGUACUGCGGCAUUCUUAGCUCACCAAAUGGGCCAUUUGCCCAGUGUUGGGCCAUGGAGGACCCAAGGGAGCAUGUGGAUGCAUGUGUGUACAUCAUUAGUGCUUCUACAGAUCCAGCAUCAGCGGUAUGUGAGGUCCUCCGAGAUUAUGCACUAAUAUGUCAACAGAAGGGCGUGAGACUGGGAGACUGGAGGAAUGCAACUGACUGUGAGCAAAGCUGCCCUCUGAACAGUCAUUACGAAGUCUGUGGAAGCGAUUGUCCUUCUGCCUGCCCCAGCCUCUCUUUCCCAUUCACCUGUGCCACUGUGUGUCAGGAGGGUUGCCAGUGUGAUGAUGGUUUUGUUCUCAAUGGCCACCAAUGUGUGCUACCAACAGCCUGUGGGUGCUAUCACCAAGGACGCUAUCGCCAAGGGGGGGAACAGUUCUGGAAUGGUGAAGAAUGUCAGAGCUUUUGUACCUGUGAUGGGACUACAGGUUUAGUCCAUUGUAGGCCCAAUUCCUGUAUUUCCCAGGAGUCCUGCCGUGUGGUCGAGGGUGAGUAUGGCUGCCACCCCAACCCUCAUGGCACCUGCUCUGCCUCUGGAGACCCUCACUACCUAACCUUUGAUGGCAAGGCCUAUGACUUCCAGGGAACCUGCCGUUAUGUGUUGGCAACCCUUUGUAACGCCACUGAUGGACUCCACCAAUUUUCUGUGGAAGCUAAGAACGAGCAGUGGAGAGGAUUGCCAGUUUCAAUCACAGCUGAAGUUUUUGUAAAUGUGUGGGGCUAUGAAGUGCAUAUGUCGAGGGAAAGAAGUGGUGUUGUUCAAGUGAAUGGAGAAAGUAAAAACGUACCUAUUCUCUUGAAUGGAGGUCAAGUGUCAAUCUAUGCAAGUGGACGUCGUGUAUUUGUGAGUGCUAAUUUCGGCUUGACUGUGACCUAUGAUGGAUCUAGUACAGUCUUUAUCUCUGUACCUGCAAAUUUCAGUGAAAACACAUGUGGACUUUGUGGAAAUUUCAAUGGCAACCCAAAUGAUGAGUUCCACACCCCAACUGGAAUGAUGGUCAGCACUCCAGAUGAGUUUGGAAGAGCUUGGAAAGUGGAAGGCAACUACACCUGCAGUGAUGGGUGUGGCUCCUCCUGCCCAGAGUGUACCAAUGAGCUUCCAGCUAGAGCCCAAUGUGAGGUGAUUCAGGCAGCUGAUGGCCCCCUCAGCUUCUGCCAUGAGCAUUUGGACCCAGCACCAUAUUUCAACGACUGUGUAUUUGAUGUUUGUGUUUCGGGAAAUGAAGGCCAUGAUCUUCUGUGUACGGCCAUUCAAACAUAUGUCAGUGCCUGUCAAUCUGCUAAUGUUCAAAUCUACCCUUGGAGACAAAACACUACCUGCAGACUUGACUGUCCAGCCAACAGUCAUUAUGAGUUGUGUGGUACAGACUGUGGCCACACCUGUGCCAGCAGCACUGAUGCCACCUGUGAGCAGGUUUGCUCUGAGGGCUGUUUCUGUGAUGAAGGUUUCUUCAGGAGUGGGACAAGAUGUGUCCCUGUGGAAAGCUGUGGCUGUCAAUAUGACGGCUUCUACUAUAACGCUGGACAGUCCUUCUGGACAGAGGGUUGCACCCAGCGAUGUGAAUGCCAUGCGCCCAGUGACCUGCGCUGUUCUGCUGCCUCUUGCUCCUCUACACAACAGUGCACCAUCAGAAAUGGCCAACUGGGCUGUUUUGACGAUCUGUCUACUUGCACUGUGUGGGGGGACCCACACUACAUCACCUUUGACCACAAGUCCUAUGAUUUCCAGGGAACCUGCCGUUAUGUGUUGGCGACCCUUUGUAAUGAAACUGAUGGGCUCCAUAACUUUUCAGUAGAGGCAAAGAACGAGCCGUGGAGAGGUUCGACGGUGUCAAUCACAGCUGAAGUUUUUGUAAAUGUGUGGGGCUAUGAAGUGCAUAUGUCGAGGGAGAGCCAAGGUGUGGUAAAAGUGAAUGGAGUAACUAGAGACCUACCUGUUCUCUUGAAUGGAAGUCAUGUUUCUAUCUAUGGAAGUGGAUCUCACACAUAUCUCAGUGCUGAUUUUGGCCUGAGUGUCAAGUACGAUGGAUGGUAUACAGUGUAUGUCUCUGUGCCUUCAAGUUACAGAGGGAAAACAUGUGGACUUUGUGGAAAUUUCAAUGGCAACCCAAAUGAUGAGUUCCACGACCCAACUGGAAGGAUGGUCAGCACUCCAGAUGAGUUUGGAAGAGCUUGGAAAGUGGAAGGCGACUACACCUGCAGUGAUGGGUGUGGCUCCUCCUGCCCAGAGUGUACCAAUGAGCUUCCAGCCAGAGCCCAUUGUGAGGUGAUUCAGGCAGCUGACGGCCCCCUCAGCUUCUGCCACAACCACGUGGACCCAGCAACAUAUUUCAGGAGCUGUGUUUUCGAUGUUUGUGUAGCCGGUAUUGAUUCCCUGUGCGGAGCCAUUCAAACAUAUGUCAGUGCCUGUCAAUCUGCUAAUGUUCGAAUCUACCCUUGGAGACAAAACACUACCUGCAGUAAGUCAAACAGACUUGACUGUCCAGCCAACAGUCAUUAUGAGUUGUGUGGUACAGAUUGUGGCCACACCUGUGCCAGCAGCACUGAUGCCACCUGUGAGCAGGCUGGACAGUCCUUCUGGACAGAAGGUUGCACCCAGCGAUGUGAAUGCCAUGCGCCCAGUGACCUGCACUGUUCUGCUGCCUCUUGCUCCUCUACACAACAGUGCACCAUCAGAAAUGGCCAACUGGGCUGUUUUGACGAUCUGUCUACUUGCACUGUGUGGGGGGACCCACACUACAUCACCUUUGACCACAAGUCCUAUGAUUUCCAGGGAACCUGCCGUUAUGUGUUGGCGACCCUUUGUAAUGAAACUGAUGGGCUCCAUAACUUUUCAGUGGAGGCAAAGAACGAGCCGUGGAGAGGUUCGACGGUGUCAAUCACAGCUGAAGUUUUUGUAAAUGUGUGGGGCUAUGAAGUGCAUAUGUCGAGGGAGAGCCAAGGUGUGGUAAAAGUGAGUUAA